CAGGCGUGCUGGAGCAGGGCGAUCUGUGCAGGUCUGGAGAUCAAUAGGUCGUGGUACCCACUACCCGUACUAGUACACGAUGUCAUGCUGUGUUUACCCAUGUGGUGAGCGGGCACAAACUUCCCUCCUGCUGUCGCUCACGGCCACCUCCAAAGCUUCGAUCUGCUCAUGUUAGUUGGGCCCGUCAAGAUAUAGCCCAUCUCUGCACCGUUGACAGCAAUUAGCUGCAAGUGCUGAUUGCUGCUGGUUGGCUCAGUCCAGAAUCUGUUGGCAUGUCGAUGAAGUGCAAUACUUCAAACAGCUGAAGCAGGGUGCUUUGAUCAUGUUCUGCAGCAAAGGUGAAGUGGACGAGUCGAUGAACAGCGCCGAGCUGGAUGCCUGCGGGAUGUGGUCAUUGGACAGUGGUGUGGAGACUUUUGAUGAAUCGUGGUCGUCAUUGUCAAAGAGUAACGAGCAGGCCACACAAAUGCAAUGAGCGUAGCUGAAAGCAUCAUUGCCAAAAUGGCAUGCCAUGCCCCUUCAAAUAUCGGUGGUCAGGUCGAGGUUGGCAUGCAGUGCAGCUUGUCUCUUGCUGACAAGUCUGUUGGGUGCUCGUUCAAACCAGGGAGCGAGUCUAGGAGCGUGCAGACUAUGGAGGCUGUGGAGCAGUUAAGCUCCACCUCAGCAUUGGGGCCUUCAAUUUCUGCGUCAAGUGCCAAAUUUGACAACUCAAAGCAAGGAUGCCUCCACCGAUGUCAGCUAUGUGACUACGUGGCUGAUGAACUAUUUCUUCUGGAAGCACAUGCCAGCAUCGAUACUGGCGAGAAGCCAUUUAAAUGCCCUUCGUGCUCUCGGAGCUUCUCACAAAAAUGUUAUCUGAAUGUCCAUUUGCGGAGUCACACAGGCGAGAAGCCAUUUGACUGCCCUUCAUGCUCUCGGAGCUUCUCACAAAAGCCCCACUUGAAAGCCCACCUGCGCACCCACACAGGCGAGAAACCAUUUGACUGCCCUUCAUGCUCUCGGAGCUUCUCAGGAAAGGCCAACCUGAAAGCCCACCUGCGCACCCACACAGGCGAGAAGCCACAUCAGUGCCCUUCAUGCUCUCGGAGCUUCUCACGGAAGAGUGGCCUGAAAGCCCACCUGUGCACCCACACAGGCGAGAAGCCAUAUCAGUGCCCUUCAUGCUCUCAGAGCUUCUCAAUCAAGGGUUACCUGAAAGCCCACCUGCGCACCCACACAGGCGUGAAGACAUUUCACUGCCCUUCAUGCUCUCGGAGCUUCUCAGAAAAGCACCACCUGAAAGCCCACCUGCGCACCCACACAGGCGAGAAGCCAUUUGACUGCCCUUCAUGCUCUCGGAGCUUCUCAGAAAAGGGCCACCUGAAAACCCACCUGCGCACCCACACAGGCGAGAAGCCAUAUCAGUGCCCUUCAUGCUCUCGGGGCUUCUCACGAAAAGAAGACGUGAAAAUCCACCUGCGGACUCACACAGGCGAGAAGCCAUUUGAUUGCCCUUCAUGCUCUCAGAGCUUCUCACGAAAGCCCCACCUGACAGACCACCUGCGCACCCACACAGGCGAGAAGCCAUUUGACUGCCCUUCAUGCACUCGGAGCUUCUCACAAAAGCCCCAGCUGAAACGCCACAUGCGCACCCACACAGGGGAGAAGCCAUUUCACUGCCCUUCAUGCUCUCAGAGCUUCGCACAAAAGUAUUAUCUGAACGUCCAUUUGCGGACUCACACAGGCGAGAAGCCAUUUGACUGCCCUUCAUGCACUCGGAGCUUCUCACAAAAGUUCAACCUGACAGCCCACCUGCGCACCCACACAGGCGAGAAGCCAUAUCAGUGCCCUUCAUGCUCUCAGAGAUUCUCGGUCAACGGUCACCUGAAAGCCCACCUGCGCAUCCACACAGGCGAGAAGCCAUAUCAGUGCCCUUCAUGCUCUCGGAGAUUCUCACAAAAGGGCCACCUUAAUACACACAUGAGGCGAGAAGCCACUUCAUUGCCCACUCUGCCUUCAGUGAUUCUCGUUGAAUGCCCUGAAGAUACACCGGUGCAUUCAUAAAAGUGACCAGCCAUAUAGUUGCAUUGCCUGCUUCAGGUCCUCAUCACUUGAACAGACUUCGAGAGCACAGCGCAAUGAUUCACUUCACUUUAUUUUCAACACCACAAUGUUGAGGACAGCGAACAAAAAGCCUUUUAUGGCUUGACAAGGUCCGCAGCCCUUUUUAACAAGCAGUGACAGAGCAUAGGGUAAGGUAUUACAUAUUAAGCUAGAAUUGCCCAUGUCCCAAUAACACGAGUGUCAGACAUAAUGCAUAUAUAUAAUAUAUACAUACAUAUAUGUGUAAAAUGAAUUCAAGUGAAACAGAAUGUAUACUCACGUACAAUUGAAACCGAAAGAAUUAACGCUAAUUACUAAUGCACGUUAUACAUAUAUGAAAACAAAUGUGUCACACAAAACAUACUGCAAUGCACAAUUCGGCAAAUACACUGUUAGAAAAACAAUUUGUUCCAUUUUUCCAUACUGUAGGGUAGUUUAACAAUCUCAUUGAACUAGAGUCUGAAUUAAAAAUCUACAUUCGUGUAGCAUGUUGCGUAGUAUUCUACUGCAUCAGGUAGGGCAAGCUGCCAUUUUGUGAGAAGUCUCCACAUGCUCCUGAGAGCAAGCUUUAACUCGGGCCCAACUUCGAUGCCACCUAUUCAAAUACAUGUAAAACGCAAAAAAGUUUUUCUUAGGUAAGCAGUGGGCUGAUUGUAACGUAAUUCCUUACAUUUGAGAAAAAAAGCUAAAUUCUGGUGACUGCUGGAAGCAUAAUUUAGUUUGAAGGCCUGAAUGGUAUAACAGGAAUUUACAAAGAUUUUUCAUCUUUAAAAACAUUGGAGCCAGAACUUUAUAAAUUUUUAACUCUGCACGUGGAAUAGAUAUCGUAGCUCUGUAAACUGCAUACGCUAGAUAUUCCAAAGCAGACAAAUUUGAUGUAUCAAUGUAUAUCUUGUCAACUUGUUACACUGUUUACAGGAACUUUGCAGAUGUCCUACUCAUUUAUUAGUGGCUUAUUUUAACGCUUUCUUUCAUACCUAAAUAUUGUCCGCUUUAGGUGUCCUAUUUGGAGCAUUUUACAGAAUUGCAGUAUUAUUCAUUGCUGAGUUAACAGAGUUGUAAAUUUGAGAGUUUCGUUUUUUGAAAAUUCAUGAUUUUCACCAAUAACUAUUAAAAGAUUGAUGGCCUAAAUCAAGAAUUCACUACCAACAGUCACUAGAAUCUAUUUCUUUUAUGUGCAACAAGCCUAAUCUGGUUUCGUGCAGUAGUUCUCAAGAAAAAUGAUCUCUCCUUUCCCAUGUAUGUAGAUGAGAGCCCCCAAGCUGAAGCUUGCUCUUAAAGGGUCUCUGAAACACUUUUGUGGGGUUAGGAUAUUUUCUCUAGAUCUUUUCUCAACACGUUAUGGAACACAGAGCAAAAGGAUUUACGAGAACUAACACACAUAAAUCCGUUGUAGCUGAGAAAAAAGUCAAAAUACAGUUAAACUUUAUUUAAAAGAAGUCGGCAAAAUCAGCUAUUUCCUUUGUUAUAUUGUGGCUUUUCAUUAUUUGAAAAGUAAUUGAUGUUCAUUCGUGUCUUCUAAAUUACUGUUUCCAUGCCCCUACAAACUAUGUACGUUCACUGUAAUAAUUGUUACACUACAGAUGUCCAAAUGGUGUUCUCUGUUUUUUUUUUCAGUGUUCUCUUUGGUACAUAUGAACUUGUUCUCUUAGACGAAUUCAUGUAUUUGUUGGCUCUUGGUUCUGGUCUACAUGGUUCAUCGUGGAUUCUUUUGAUCUUAUUCUAUUCGUGCCUUUCCAUUUUUUUACAAAUGGGUACUUCUUUAGAGAAAUUGCUUGUUCAGUAAGCUAGCUUUCCACUGUCUGUUUCAUCAGAGCAUCAAAUAAAUGCCAUUGUUUGGUGAG